AUGGCCCUCAAACCAGGCGACAAUUUCCCCGACAACGUCGUCUUCCAGUACAUCCCCUACGCCGAAGAAAGCAGCGACAUCAACGCCUGCGGCAUCCCAAUCAACUACAACGCCUCCAAAGAAUGGGCCGAUAAGAAAGUCGUCCUCUUCUCCGUUCCUGGCGCAUUCACCCCCACCUGCUCGGAGAACCAUCUACCCGGAUACAUCAAGGGCCUCCCGCAGCUGAAGGAAAAGGGCGUGCAGAUUGUGGCUGUCCUCGCGUCGAAUGAUCCGUUUGUGAUGAGUGCAUGGGGCAAGGCGAAUAAGGUCACGGGGGAUGAUAUCCUGUUUCUUACUGAUCCCCAGGCGAGGUUCUCGGAUAGCAUUGGGUGGGCGAAUGCAGGGCGGACGGGCCGGUAUGCGAUUAUCAUUGACCAUGGGAAGGUGACAUAUGCGCAGAUUGAGACGGAGAAGGGGGCUGUCAAGGUUUCCGGUGCGGAUGCCGUUCUAGCGCAUCUGUGA